AUGACAGAAUCUUUCACGGGUCGGCCACAAUCAUUCCAGCCACCACUCCCAUUCGAACUAUUAGAGACAAUAGUCGAAGACGCUUGGCUGACCUGCACCGGUUCGGCUGACCGCUGGGAACUCUUCGACGCCUUGCAUCGCGUCGACCCGACUUGGGCGGAACUCGCAGACGUCGUCGCAUCUCGUAUCGUAUUGCUGGAGUGCUCUUUCGACAUCGCGCGCUAUAAUGCCCUCACGAUCGCUGACGGUUCUAUGUGGGAACAUGGGUUCGCAUCGCGCUCUUGCCUCCAAGCCGCGAGCCGUUCUCACCUGCGAUACGCCUUGGUGCCAGAGUUCUCCAUCUUUGGCGACUGCAACUCGUGGUCCGAACACUUCCAGCGGCUCCGCGUCUUCGUCCCACACUGUUAUUCCGCAGAGCUCAUCUUCAAGAAGGAUACAAGUGACCUCCACAAAGAGGACGGAAAAUGGGAGGCGAUGUUCACCUUCCUGGCAACUCUCCCAGAACUCCGCCACCUUCACCUCCGGCCCGAGGUAGAAAGCGAUGCAUUCCUGCCGCGGACACACAUUCCUCAAGUGACGCACCUACGCCUCUCCACGCUCAAGGCGUGCCGUUGUGAGGGAUGGGAGAGAGAGCGCUGUCUCUUCCGUAACAUCCUCAUGCGCAUGCCCGCAGUACGACAUAUCCGCCUCGAGGGGCCGACGUUUCUCAGACGCUUUACCCCGUGUCGCACGCCACUAGAGUCGCUCACGCUCGAUGCACCACCCAUGCAAGCCAUAGCGCGCCGUGAACCAUACAGCUCGGUAAUGGAGUACAACAUUACGGCUGCCUUGAACAGAGGCCUGAUGCGCCGUGACAAGAAGGAUUGGGGAAAGUCACCGCGGUGCAUCAUAGUCAAUACGGGUGUGCAACUGCCGUUAGGAUGGGAGCAUGCCCAGGCAGCGUGUGUUGCCCAUGGGGUUACCCUAGAGAGGAGAUGCGUAUGGAUGAAGCCUGUGAAACGCGAGACGGUAGUUGAACUUGACGAAUCCCAGGAAAAGCACAGAUCGCGGAUGAAGCCCGAACCACAUAUGGAGCCUGGGCUGCAGACUUGA